UCCAGUUGUUCCAUACGGAAUGCUCGUAAUCCCACUCUUCACUGACGCGAUUCCGAGCGUUCAUUUCUCGAAUUCUGGAUUUGUGCUUGCCAAGGAAAUGCUGCAGGCCUUUUUGGGUUCCGGGCGAUACUUUCAUGAAGACGGCUUCAAGAACUACUCAUGGUGGUCCUUAUUUACGGCAACAAACUACGAAGCAAACAAACAAUGCAUGGAGUUUCUUCUGAGAGAAAAAUCUAUUUACAGCCCUACGGAAGACGAGAUGACCGACCUGCUGUGGAGUGGAGCUGCCCUGCACGUUGCUCAUAAGAACAGAUGCAUCUCGUCGACGCUGCACGUGCCUCCUACUUCCAAAGCCAUUACCGAGCGCGAGUGGGUGAACCAGGUGGCACAGCAGGGCACCAAUUUUCGCAAAGCCUUCCGGUGUCCGGGCCCGGCGUCGUGCCCCUUUUGGAGGCUCGAGGAGAACGACUGCUGGCAGGACCGCGACAGCACGAGGUCACGGCGGGGUUGGGUGAAAACUGCGAACCAGUCGCUCAUCGACGCCUGAAGACCAUAGGCGUGGCUAUAUCGCGCUACGCCAGUACAGCUAUCAAGUUCAUUUCGCAAGAGACGCUUCGUUAUUGAACGUGCGAACAUACGUGUGGGAAAAGAUUUGUUAUUUGGUCUUGAAAACCACGU